UGGGGGAGGAUCCUAGCUGGGAGUGAACCGGAAGUGUAAGCGCUCUUGCUUCUCUUCGGCCAGGCGGAACCUGCUCUGCUGGGCCCGGUGGCCGCAAAAGAACUUUCUAUCUCCCGCCCCAACGGUCGCCGCGGCCAACUGCCUCGCCCGCCUGGCAGCCUUUCCCGCCUUCUCUUCCCUUCGGCUCCGCGCGGCCCUGUCUCCUUUUCGCCCCGCGGUAUCCGCUUGCUGCUACCACCGCCUCCUCGUCUUCUGCCCGGCCGAGCGGCCCGCCCCGCUGCAGUGAUGUGCGACAAGGAGUUCAUGUGGGCCCUGAAAAACGGAGACUUGGAUGAGGUGAAAGACUAUGUGGCCAAGGGAGAAGAUGUCAACCGGACACUAGAAGGUGGAAGGAAGCCUCUUCAUUAUGCAGCAGAUUGUGGGCAGCUUGAAAUCCUGGAAUUUCUGCUGCUGAAAGGAGCAGAUAUUAAUGCUCCGGAUAAACAUCAUAUUACCCCUCUUCUGUCUGCUGUCUAUGAAGGUCAUGUUUCCUGUGUGAAAUUGCUUCUGUCAAAGGGUGCUGAUAAGUCUGUGAAAGGUCCAGAUGGACUAACUGCCUUUGAAGCCACUGACAACCAGGCAAUCAAAGCUCUUCUUCAGUGAUGGACGGAUGGGCUGACAGCUCUGGAAGAAGGGCUCUCCUGUGGCCUCACACUGCUGCCUGUCUGUCUGUCACUCUCUAUCUGCCAGCUUCUUCAGCUAAAUACUUUACGAGGGGUGAGGGGAGAGAGAAAUUCAUAACAAAUCAGACUACCAGAAAAAAACAUGUUUUGGAAGAGAGGAGAAAACCGUGAUCAGGCUUUUACUCGGAUUCCUGAUCAAGUCCGUCUCUUUUCCAUUUCCAACAAAAUAUACCGCUCAUUCCCAAGGGAGAACCAAGACAAAAUACGCCAGUAACAUUUGACCUUUUCAGCUCCCUAGCUAGUUUAUUCAUUAGGUUGUGUCGAGGGUCUGACUAUCCCAAGGCCAGCUCUCCGUGUGUGCAGCCCUAACUGUGCGAGCAGCGGCGGCUGCUGUGACGUAACUCUGGGUGCUGAGAUCAGCAAUCGGCUCUAGCCUUCUGCCUUAAGACGCACUCUCCUGGGGGCCUCCUGGCGGAGUUCAGAGCGCUGCCCGUGGUCGGCGACCAAAUCUUCCCUCGGCGACUUUCAGCUUUACGUGGGAGCUCAGUUAAGGUGAGGGGGCACACUCCUAAAUUGCUGGAUGACUCAACUUUGGAUUUCCUCUCCCCUUUCACAUGGGUGUCAUGUGUCUUUAGAUAAAACUGACUAGUUUUAUUUAUAAAAUCUUAAAUUUUGGAAGCCUAAAGGAGAAAUCAUUCCAGUGUGCAUAUUUUUUUUUUCUCCUCUAGAUUCAGACGUUUUUAGAGCAUUCAAACACUUUCAAACUCCUGCUGGUAGUAAAAGGGGAUUUAAACAUAGAGUCAUAGCCAUAGCCUGUGAGUGUCAUACAGAGAACAGUUGUCUUAGUACCUACGGAUUUUCUUCAUUUGCUCUUUGAAUGGAUUGGCCUCGAUUAUGUUUGGAGAAUCAAGGAACAUUCUUUGGAAAUCCUCUGUCAGACCCACCUUGGAUGCUGAUUGCUCACUGCACCAAAGCUGUCACUGGGGUGAGAUUUACAAUCUGGACAAGUUGAGCCCCGUCCCUUCAAAAAUACGCUUGUUACCAGGUUUCCCCAAGUUGUCGAUAGGCUUCUGCUGAACAUCUGCCAACCCAGCUACAUGAUCUAUUUUUGUUUUCUAAACCAUUCAUCACAUUAAGUGUGACAUCUGCAAAAUGUAUUCCAUGUUCUUAAAAUGCAGUGCCCUAAAAUGGGCGUUAAGACCUGCAGGAAGUAUUCAGACACAUGUUCCAAAGUUUAUUCCAUGAGCAGUGCAAGUAAUUAAAACAUAUACCCUUAAAUUUGCUAUCCUGCAUUUAAAGUAUUGAUUCCUUUGACUUGCCAUCCAUAAAAGCUUGCUAAAAAUGUUAGGGUUUUUUCCUUAGCCAAAUCAUGCAAUAAUUGAAUGUACCUCAAAUUUUUAAAGGGGGGGUUGGGUUAGGGACUUCUAUUCAGAUUGUGGAUAACAAAGAAUUCAUGAUGAUUUUUUAAGGUAAUGUAGCAUUCUAAAACAGGGUUAAACUACUAUCAAGAAUAGCCAGCUAAUAACAAAUCUUACUGAUCGAUUGCUGAUUGGUUUGUUAGGGUGUGGAUUUAUGGGUGUGUGUGUUGGGGGGGGGGGGGUGUGGGUGUGUGUGCGUGCGCUCUCGUGCAUGCACGUGCAUGCGUGCGUGUGUAUUUUUCCCCCGUGGACUUUUUUUUUUUUAAUCCUGUGGCUUUUACGCUUACAACUAACCUAACCCUGUAAUUCUCCUGCAUCCGAGAAAACAAUCACAAAUAAAAUGGUGGUUUAAAUACUUUGAUAAUUUGGCUAAUUCUCCAGUCUUAACGCAGCCUAUUCACGUUGGAGUCAAAGUCAGUAAACAGUACUUUAUAACAUCACUGAGCGGAAACAGACCUAUCCUCAUUGAAGAUGGAGGGCACUUUAUCAGUUGGUAGCAACAAGGUGUUUUGGUAUCUUUGUUUUCACCUCUUGGCAGAAUGCUAUGGAAAGGCUUGGAUUUUACCCUCUAGAAUUUUCACCUUUCCUUUCAAACCUGUGGUAGUUGGCUGUUGCAGAGAGUGCACUGUCCUAUCAUUCCUAAACCUGGCCUGCUCUCUCCCGUCAUCAGGUGUGGAGACCAUGUGCUUCUUUGUACAGUUGAGCCUGCGUUUCUUGUAGUGCAGUAGAGGCUACCCCGCCUUCCCUCUUCUUAGCCAUUUCAGAAGCCCCAUGGUUUUGGAGCAAUUGCUUGAGAAAUAACACAAACAUAGAAUAGACUGGCCAAGAUGGUUGACCAUUUUUUUUAACUAGUUUAUUUAUAAUGUAUUUCUGAACCACUUGGCAGAGAAAUUCACAACACUUAAUGUUCAUUUUUGAGUAAAGGAAGCUAAAAUCAUGUCUGCUUUUUGGUACUACAUGCAUUAGUAGAAGGUUAAGUAAGUUUUGUUCUCCACUGAAUAUUUAACAUCUCAAGAAAAAUCUUGCAUGUUCUGUAGUUUUGUAUGGAGUCAUUUUGUAUGCACUAGAUCAAGUAAAAACAGGUGGUGUGCCUGUUCACGGUAGUGUACUAACAAAUUCGCCCUCGCAGCUUCGGACCUGCAUCCGCAGACCCAGAGUUGGUGCACAGCACCCGAGAAUCCCCAAGUAGCUCUUCUAUGCGUCGCUCACCUUCCACAGCCAGUGGGGCACAGAGGAGAGGUAGUUGGGUACAGUGGGUGCGAGCUGCAGGCAAGUAAGGCCCUUUCCUCGUUGAUUUCUUUCCCCUCAAUAAUGGAUCCUCAAAUCUCUAUGUACUGACUUUUUUUUUUUUCCUAAAACUUCAACUGAGCUGCUCUUUACUUCAUGCAAUAUUGUGUACUCGAUUGUGUAUAGAAGAAGCUGGGGAGAGUGCCCUCCUACGUAAGCAAUUGCAGUGUUUUGCAUGCAAAAUUUUAAGAAUUUAAAUCGUCCUGAUUCUAUUUUGUAAAUGGAGAAACAAUCAUAUCUUUCUAAGCAGUAAUGGAGGAAGACUAGUGCUUUGUGCAUUUUGAUAUAUUUGAGUUCGUUUUUUCCCCACAAUGUAAUACUUUUGACACAGUUGGGUUUCUCAUAUUAUCCUAGUCCAUGUACAUCCGAAUGCUAAAUAAUACUGUGUUUAAGUUUUGUGUUGCAAGAACAAAUGGAAUAAACUUGAAUUGUGCUACAA